AUGGUGCGGUGGAGGUUGUGCUUGGUACUGGCGUUGCUUCUGCUCCUACCGGCCAGUCGCUCCAAGUUGGAGGACGAUGACGAAGACGAGCGCAAUGAAGAAGACGAUGAGGAUGAAGAAGCUGAAGAUGAUGAGGAAGAAGAUAUCGAACAAGUGUCUGACCACGGUCCCGGUAGACGCGCACCGGCCAUCGUGCAGACACCAAAAACUGUGCCUAUUACAAGAACUACUCCAAAGCGCUCGCUGGAGUGCUACGUAUGCACUUAUAAACCUGAUACACCUUUGAAAGCUUGUUUGGAUCCUACGAAAUAUAGAGUUCAUACAAUCACAUGUCACAGCGUGGACGACAAGUGCUUCACGUCAAUUGUCUCGAAGGGGAACACGUACGAGGCCGUUGUGCGAGGUUGUCGCUCUGGAUGUAUUGGCUCACCAGAAACUACUUGCUGCGAGUUGAACCGUUGCAACAAUCAAGCCUUAGCAUUGCCGGUAAUUUCUCCUCGUGCUAUGAAAGACAAAGCAACCAAAUCAUUUCCGCCCACGGUAUUCUUUUUUGUCACUGUUCUUUUGCUGCUUCAAACAGCGGCUAAAGUUGCUUUUAUCUAA